CUCAGCGAGCGAGAGAGGUGUUAGGUGUUGGGGUUUGUCAUCAAUGUCAAUAACGUAAUCAUUUUUGUUUUCGUUAUUCCUUGCCAUCAAUGAAAUUGGAUGAAAAUAUUUCAUGAAUUGUGUACCCGAAUUUUUUCCGAAAAUGUAAACUAAAUGCAUUUUAUAUAUUGAUCAGAUCUAUGUAGGGCUGAUAACCUAUUAUAUUUUGUCUCCUCUGAAGAAUUUCUGUAAUGUUAACAGUGUACCGGUAACUUAGUUGUAAACUUUUAUAACCUAUUAAGUUAUACCUACCACCUUCGUUUUCUAAAUUUAUAAAAUGGGAGUUCCAGCAUUUUUUCGCUGGUUAACCAGAAAAUACCCAUCGGUUAUCGUACACUGCAUUGAAGAAAAGCCUAAACAAUUAGAUGGAACAGACCUGCCAGUAGAUACUUCCAAGCCAAAUCCCAACGGAGUUGAGUUUGACAAUCUAUAUUUGGAUAUGAAUGGAAUUAUUCAUCCCUGCACACAUCCAGAGGACAAGCCAGCUCCAAAAAAUGAGGAUGAAAUGAUGAUAGCUAUUUUUGAAUGCAUAGAUCGCUUAUUCCGUAUUGUUCGGCCCAGGAAACUGUUAUAUAUGGCAAUAGAUGGAGUGGCACCAAGGGCUAAAAUGAAUCAACAAAGAUCAAGACGUUUUAGAGCAUCUAAAGAAACAGUAGAAAAGAUCCAGGAAAUCUCUCGUGCUCGGAAGGAAAUGACUGCUAAAGGACUAAUCUUGCCUCCAGAAAAACCUAAAGAAGCUCAUUUUGACAGCAACUGCAUUACACCUGGUACUCCAUUCAUGGCGAGGCUUUCAACUUGUCUGCAUUACUAUAUUCACGAGAGACUAAACAGUGAUCCUGGUUGGAGGAACAUCAAAGUGAUCUUGUCAGACGCCAAUGUUCCGGGGGAGGGGGAGCACAAGAUCAUGGACUACAUCCGCCGCCAGAGAGCCCAGCCAGAUCAUGACCCCAACACCCAGCAUUGCCUUUGUGGAGCUGAUGCUGAUCUAAUUAUGUUAGGACUAGCCACUCAUGAACCUAACUUUACCAUCAUCAGAGAGGAGUUCAAGCCCAACAAGCCGAAAACAUGUGAUAUCUGCGGACAAGAAGGUCAUGAGCUGAAGGACUGUGUGGGACUGGCCAAUGAUGUGAGUGAUCCUGGGAAGCCACCUAUGAUUGGAGUUGAGCAGCAGUUCAUCUUUGUUAGACUCAACGUGCUGCGCGAGUACUUGGAGAAGGAGCUACAGAUGCCUGGUAUACCGUUCGAGUAUGACUUUGAACGAGCUGUUGAUGACUGGGUCUUUAUGUGCUUCUUUGUUGGGAAUGACUUUCUGCCUCACCUACCUUCACUGGAGAUCAGGGAGGGAGCUAUAGAUCGUCUGGUCACUUUGUACAAGAAAGCCGUCAUGAAAACUGGGGGGUUUAUCACCGACAGUGGAAAUGUAAAGCUGGACCGUGUACAGCUGAUUAUGUCAGACUUGGGAGACAUGGAGGAUGAGAUAUUCAAGACUCGUCAACAAACUGAGCUGAUGUUCAGACAGAGAGACAAGGCCAAGAAGCGCAGAGAGAAGCAACAGCAGAUGAGACACAACAUGACUGGACAGUGGGCUCCCCAGCCUAUUGGACAGUAUUCAGGACCUAUGCAAAACCCUCGAGAGGCAGCCUAUCACCAGAGAGUUCAACAUCUGCACACUCAGUCUGCCUCUGGAAACUUCUCCUCACCACCCUACCAGAACAAUCACGGACAGAAGCGUCCUCAUGAAGAGGUGGAUGAAGAGGAGGAAGAGGUAUCACAUGAUGAAGUUCGGCUGUGGGAGGAUGGCUUCAAGGAUCGCUACUAUGAGUCCAAGUUUGAUGUGGCUAAACACAAUGUUACAUUUAGGUACAAAGUGGCUUCUGAGUAUGUGCGAGGCUUGUGUUGGGUCCUCAAAUAUUAUUAUCAGGGAUGUCCCUCAUGGAAGUGGUACUUCCCUUACCACUACGCACCAUUUGCUUCUGACUUCAUCAACAUUGGUAGUCUAAGCACAGACUUUGAAAAAGGCACAAUACCAUUCCGUCCCCUGGAGCAGCUGAUGGGAGUGUUUCCUGCAGCCAGCAGUGCUCAUGUGCCUGAGCCUUGGCGCCAUCUCAUGAGUGAUCCAGAUUCUCCAAUCAUAGAUUUCUACCCUGAAGAUUUCAAAAUAGAUCUUAAUGGAAAGAAGUUUGCUUGGCAAGGAGUUGCUCUUCUGCCUUUUGUCGAGGAGGACAGAUUAUUUAAGGCCUUGGAGCCUUUCUAUGAAAACCUUACACCAGCUGAAAUCAGGCGCAACGUGAGAGGAGACGACAGGUUGUACAUCAACCAGGCUCACACUUGCUACUCGUUCUUGGCAGACAUCUCUCUGAAUGAGGCCAACAUCAGCACAGAGACGGAUGUGUCCACUGAUGGCAUGAGAGGCUGUGUGCUCAUAGCGGAGGACAGGGUGAAUCAGGGCGGGUCUUUACCUUCACCAGUUACCGGCCUCCCAGUGAUUCGUAUGAACUCAGUUAUAUGUGUCAGAUUUAGAGAUCCAAAAUAUCCAGAUUCAUUCCUUUUCAAGGCCAAACGCUUGAAUGGGGCAAUAGAGCCUCCCAAGGUGCUGAAGCCUGGACAGAUGGGCCGGGAGGAGAGCAGGAACUGGCGACCACAGAUAGGCAUGGUGCGCUCCAACCAGGCGGCUUCUCUAGGCCAGGCUGGCCAUCGCAUGCUAGGGAGGUAUAGUGGAAGAUUCUCUGGAGAGAGUGGUGGACCACCCAAUUCCUCACCAGGGAUGUAUGCAUCUGUACCACCUCCCCAGUCUAACUAUGCUGGUGGCUACAAUCAACCAAGACAAGGCAACAACUACAGAUCUAAUAACUAUGGACCCGAUCGCGGCAGAAACUUCCAAAGUAGAGACAACAGAUAUCAGCCAUACCAGGACCGAAGACCCAGGGGAGGCCCUAACCAAGGAGUGGCCUCGUCAAGAGACAGCUAUAGUAGCAGCAGCAGCAGCAGAGGUGGCUUUGGUGGGUCUGAGAGUGGUGGAAGGUAUGGAGGGGUUGUCAGCUAUGGAAGUGGUCCACACAAGAGUUACAGACCACCUCCUCCACAGCAACACCACAGCUACUCUGGCGGAUACUACGGCAGGAGAUGAACCAACAACUUUAGUCAUCUUUAAUUUUUUUUUAAAUUUUGUAUGAAACCAGUUCAAAAUAAUAUAAAUAUUUUAUUUCAUGGCAUGAUAAUGUAUUGAUUUACAUAAUAAAUGUGGAAGUACAAGAUUUUACGAAAUA